AUGGACAAGAAUUCGCUUGCCAAGUCGCCAAAGCAUGUUGGUUUUUGUCGCUUGGCUUUUGCUGCACGGCACUGCUCGAUCAGUGAACCGACCCGGUGCGUCAAAGACAAGUACGAUGACACCGCUAUCCAUCCGAAUGAGCGCUUCUUCUUCACCGACACCGACUUCCACACCUUGCUGCAUCCGGACUUGAUGAAGGUCUUCAACUACUACUUAACAAGGGACUCGAUGCAAUGGGCUUGUCAGCGGAAUCGGACUUACUUGCGAAUGGUGGGCGAUCGAUUUGUACCGUAUGCAGAGACCGAUAAGAUGUCGGGCCUUAUCGAUAUGGAGUAUAAGAAGAAUUCAACCAGCACUACGGCUACGUUU